ACGACUACGACUACGACUGCUGGCUUCUGGCUACUCGCCUACAUCCUUAGGUACGCAAUCCAGUUAAGCCUGGCGACCAGCGAGCCUAACAAAAGUCUAAAGAUUAGUAUACAUCCGCAAGUCAAAUCCAGCCACAGAGAGAUACGCCCGUACCUCACAGUCGGAUCCAUUUGAAGCCUCUACGUAAUUGGCUCCGAUCGGACACAUUCACUGCACGAGCCUUUUUUGGCCAGUCACCAAUCUCAUCUUGGUCAUUGACUCGUAACAGAUAGAUACGGCCCAUUUCAAAGCACGAGACACGGAGCAAUUGCUCUGCGUGAAUGAAGUCAUCAACCCCUGGCUAUUGUGACAAUGAGACUGCGGUUGCGACUGUUGACGCUUUUAAACAUGUCCAGCCCGUCGACAGUUCUCAGUCAAUCUCAAUUUCAACUCCUCCAGAACAACUGUUGAGAUACAGAAAGCAAACAAUCGCACCACAGUCACAGAUCUCAACCACAACACCAGAACCACCACACCCAUCCAUCUUUUCUCCAUUCACCGAAACACUCCAUCUCUUCUCUUCACUGGUAGGACCAUACAUUUUCAAUCCUUUACUUGCACUUCAAGUCUACCAUCCUCGCAUCGCAACAAUGUGGCCAUUCGACAUCACCACCUCCUUCAACCCCUCCCGCGACAUCAGACCUUUGACGGGCAAGGUCAUCCUGGUGACGGGGGGCAACAAUGGUCUCGGGAAAGAGACCAUUUUACAGCUAGCCCAGCACUCUCCCAAGAAGAUCUUCUUAGCUGCACGCUCUGAAUCCAAAGCUCUUGCCGCCGUUCAAGACAUCAAAUCUCACAUCUCUGACCCAAACCUCGACAUUCAAUAUCUUCCUCUGGACCUCGAAUCUUUUCCCAGUAUCAAAGCCGCCGCAGACAAAGUUACCUCGUCCACCGACCGCCUCGACAUUUUGGUCCUAAAUGCAGGGAUCAUGGCCACGCCACCCGGCCUCACUCCACAGGGCCACGACACCCAGCUAGGAACCAACCACCUGGGCCACUUUCUUCUGACCAAACUUCUCCUUCCAACUCUUAUCAAGACCGCCUCGCAACCAUCUCCAUCCUCCCCUGACCAGCCCGACGUUCGAAUCAUCAGCCUAUCAUCGGAAGCCCACAAUAUGUCCCCUCCCAUUAAGACCAUCACAUCAACCUCGCUGCUCACAGCCACCAACCCCUGGACUCGCUACGGCGCCAGCAAGGCCGCCAAUAUCCUCUUCGCCUCAGAACUAGCUCGACGUCACCCCAACUUAACCUCUGUUUCCGUCCACCCAGGUAUCAUCAAGACCGACUUGUACAUUCCCAAUACCAACUCCAACUUUUUGGUUCGUUAUGGAACAAUGAUCUUCGGGCCGUUGAUGUUUCAGACAGUACAGAAAGGGGCCUUGAACCAGAUCUGGGCCGCCGUUGCCGCGCGGAGCUCCCAACAAGGAGAUGGUGGGGUGGUCAACGGCGCGUACUAUACUCCUGUCGGCAUCUUGAGGAAGGGAAACAAGUGGAGUCAGGAUGCGGACGCGGCCAGGCAGCUGUGGGAAUGGAGCGAGGCCGAGCUCAAGAAGAGUGGUUUCUGAUGCGACGAGAUAUGGUGAUCUUAGCGGGAGCGAAGUUGACGUGGAUUUGUAUAGAGUAGAAGUUUUAUAUUUAAUCAUGUAUUAUGAUCGUUUACUCCUGAUAGCCCG